AUAAUGAGAUUCUCUCUUUGCCUUCAAGCAAACCAGAAGAUCUUGGCACUGGUAUAUAAAGGAAGGAAUCACAACUGUAUGAUCAUAAAUGUUUGAUUUUUUUAACUUGAAACAAACAAGAUUGGCAUAAUGAAGACAAAGAAGAAUUUUAUUUCUAUGCUAGCCUUGUUGUUGACUUUAACAUUUUUUUUUACAUCAACUUUUGGUAAAGAAAGCCAACAACAAAAUGCUAGAGUUGUAUGUUAUUUUAGUAAUUGGGCAAUAUACCGUCCAGGUAUUGGUAGCUAUGGUAUAAAAGAUGUACGUGGUGAUUUAUGUACACAUGUUAUUUAUUCAUUUAUUGGUGUUAGCAAUGUCACAUGGGAAUAUCUUGUGAUUGAUCCAGAAUUAGAUAUUGAUAAAGGUGGAUUCAAUGAAUUUGUUAAUUUAAAAAAUAAAUAUCCUGGUUUAAAAACUUCUGUUGCUGUUGGUGGAUGGGGUGAGGGUGGUAGAAAAUAUAGUGCACUUGUUGGUAAUAAAAAACGUCGUGAAACAUUUAUCAGUAGUAUUGUUUCAUUUAUGUACAAAUAUGGCUUUGAUGGUUUUGAUCUUGAUUGGGAAUAUCCUGGUGCAACAGACAGAGGUGGUAAAUAUUCAGAUAGAGAUAAUUUUUUUUAUUUCGUUGAAGAGCUACGUAGAGCAUUUGAUUAUCAAAAAAAAUCAUGGGAAAUAACAAUGGCUGUACCAAUGGCUAAAUUUCGUCUAGCUGAAGGUUAUCAUGUACCAGAACUUUGCGAAAAUGUUGAUGCUAUUCAUGUCAUGUCAUACGAUCUACGAGGUAAUUGGGCUGGAUUUGCUGAUGUUCAUAGUCCUCUUUACAAAAGACCAACUGAUCAAUAUGCUUAUGAAAAACUCAACGUUAAUGAUGGAUUACAAUUGUGGGUAGAUUAUGGAUGUCCAGCAAAUAAAUUAGUUGUUGGUAUACCAUUUUAUGGACGUACAUUUACACUAAGUUCAAGUAAUAAUAAUUAUAAUAUUGGUACUUAUAUUAAUAAAGAAGCUGGUGGUGGUGCACCAGGUGAAUAUACCGGUGCAAAAGGAUUUUUAUCAUACUACGAAAUUUGUUCAGUAGUAAAUGAUCCAGAAAGUGGCUGGACUAAAAAAUGGGAUGAUAUUGGAAAAGUUCCGUAUGCAUAUAAAGAUACACAAUGGGUUGGUUAUGAAGAUCCAGAGAGUGUACAAAUUAAAAUGGAUUGGAUCAAAUCAAAAGGCUAUGCUGGUGCAAUGAAUUGGGCAAUUGAUAUGGAUGAUUUUCAUGGUAUAUGUGGUGAAAAAGAUGUAUUGAUUAAAAUACUUUAUGAAAAUAUGAAAAAUUAUAAAGUACCAAUACCACAAGAUAAUAAUAAACCAAGACCUGAUUGGGAUAGACCACCAAGUACUCCAUCAUCAACUGGAUCAGUUAUGACAACAAGCAAUUAUCCAACAAAACCACAUAAGGAAGUUACUAAUUAUAUUACAGAAGGAAGCUGGAUGACAACGACAAUUAGAACAACUAAAAAACCAAUAAAAUUAACAACGACUAAAAAACCUACAAUGACUAUUAAACCAGCAACAACAACAACAACAACGACAAUUAAUUAUCCAAGUGUUGAUAAUUCUGAGGACAAAGCUAAGUGUGAUAAUGAAGGUGCAUUUAUUCCUGGUGCAAAAUGUGAUACUUACUUCCGAUGUAGUAAUAAACAGCUACAGGAAUUCAAAUGCACGAAUGGAUUGAUUUACAAUCCGGAUAUUCAAACUUGUGAUUGGCCAGAAAAUGCAAAUCGUUCCGACUGCAAAUUAUAUUUUUAAUAAUUUUAUAAACAAUAAUAAUAAUUAAGAAAUAAUUAAAAAAAAAAAAAACUGUCAAUUAAAAUUAAUUUAA